AUGAACAAAACAAAGAGUGACAGAAAAGAUUUAUUUUCAAAGUUUUCGCAUGGCGUGUGUUCCUGCUGCUCCUCUUCCUCCUCCUCCUCAACAAGAACAACUGUUGCUACUCCAAAAACAACAACCAACAACACAAAAACAACAUUAGGAACAUCCACAACGGUCUCACCACGACACAACUUAUUGAUUCGGAAAAUUAAAAAGUUUGCAAAGAAGAUUAAAAAGACCCUUACGAACAAGAUGAUUCAUCCCUCUUCAUCAUCAGAACCAUCAUCAUCAUCAGCACCACCACCACCCGAAGAGUUGCCUCAACAACUCUCGGUGCAUCACCAUCCACACGAUGAUGAAAAUUAUUUAAAGAAUUCUGGAAAGAACAUUGUUCCCGAAGCAAAUAAGACCAAUGCCAAACUUUCUUACAAGGAAAUGAUUACAGCAACAGCAGCAUGUUUGAAAGAAAGCUUUCCGAGCUAUAAACAUCUCACCAUUGGUGAUAUUGUGUUCGGAUUGAGUUGUUUAGCGAAUGAACAUUCCAAGAAUGAUGUGAUCGGAGAGGAGAUGAGAAAUCCAAUUCUUUAUAACCGUUCCAACGGGGAGGAAGAAACAGAUGAAGAAUACAAGUGGUGGAAUGAACACUCGACUCUGAAUCAUCAUCAUCAUGACAAUGAACUCAAUACAUUAUUACAAGAGCAGUUAAUAUUUGCCAAAAGAAUGUUGUACUAUGCAAAUUUAGCCUAUUACAAUGUAGCCAAUGAGACCGAGAGAGCAAAAGUACAAAAAGCUCUUCUUGAGGGCUAUGAAAGUUUGAAUCAAAGCAGAUCCUGGUUCUCUUCAUCACCACAACCAAAAUAUUCCAGCAAUUCCCUCAAAUAUUUGGAAUCGUUAAGAUAUGAAACUAAUUUAUUGUUUUAUGUAAAUAUUAGUGAAGCAAAUCAACAGGCUUUCUUUGUAAAGAUGGAUCAUGAUUUGAAAACAGUGAUUAUUGCCAUUCGAGGAACUUCUCAAUUGGCAGAUAUUUUCACAAAUUUGAGUGCUGAAAAUUCUGACUUGAAAGUUCACCGAUUCUAUGGUGACUAUAAGAGAAAGGUUGAAAAAAGAGAGCACCUUAUUGACACUGCUGAUUUUACUUUUGAUGUGGAAAAUAACAACCAUGAAAAUUUUUGUGAAUCAGAUGAUAACGAGCAAAUGAUUCAUGGAAAAGUUCAUGCAGGAUAUAUUAAUACGGCUCGAUGGAUUUUGUCAAAAAUUCGAGACUUUUUACUGAAUAAUAUCUUUUCGAAUACGAGUGAUUACAAAUCGUAUAGAAUUAUUACGGUAGGACAUUCGUUGGGAGGAGGAUUGGCAGCUGUUCUCUCUAUUCUUUUAAGAGAAACAUUUUUAAAACGUUAUAAGGACUAUUUUGCAUCAUUGAAAGAAACGCAUUUACGUUCCUCGUCACAACAACAAGCACCUUCCCUCCCUGAUAUUGAAGCCAUAACCUAUGCAUCCAGUGCAGUUUUUUCAGAAAACCUCUCAAAUUGGUGUCGAUCUUUUGUCACAAGCUACAUUAUUGCUGGUGACAUUGUUCCAAGAAUUAGCUUGGGUCAAGUGGAAAAAUUACGUCUUGAAAUUAACGAAACAAAAUGGGAAGAGAAGCUGAAAAACUUUUUUAAUGAGCAUUCGAAGAUUGCCAAUGUUGCUGUGACUAUGGACACCUAUCUCGUGAAAUGGGGAUACUCACCAUUGUUUCAGACGAAAAAAACUCUUAUUACAUCAUCAUCAAAAGCCAAUCUUUCCAUUGAACAAUCAUCUCCCACAGUGGAUGUCAAUCCUACUGAAUCCACAUGCACAGCCAACGCUAGUGAUAUCAACAAGAAUAAUGAUAAUACUAACAAUACGCAAAAGGAACAAAUUAGCACUGUUGAAGCAGCAGUAGCACCAUUGACCAAUGAAGCUAUUGAAUUAUUGGUAGAAGAAAUGAAUGAAGCCAAUAAGGAAAUACAUACUCUCUAUCCUCCCGGCUCACUCUUUCUUAUUAUUCCAGAUUCAGAGAAACAAGCAAGUAAGGAUGUGACAGAGACAUUGUUUGAAAUAUUUAAUGAACAGUUAUUCUCAGAAAAGAAAGUUGAAGAAAAAGAAGAAUCAGGAUCAGUGGUCUCUUCGAUAUUUUCAACUGUGAAAACGAUUUAUAAAACGGUACGAAAAAGCUAUGAAGAAGGCAAUGAGAAUGGAUCUGUACCGAGCGAAGAUCAUUUAUUGGAUGUGAAAAACUUUAUACACACUCAAAAAUCAGCAACUUUGAUAACUAAUAAUCGUGAUUACACCAUUCAACGAGUGGAUAUGUACCAAUUUGGAAGAAUUGUGUUGUCACGGUUCAUGUUCUCUCAUCACUAUCUGGUUGGAUUUAAAACAGCUCUCGACAGUUUGUUGUGUGAGACAAUCGCAAAUUCAGAAUCAUUACCUUCCAACGAAUAG